CCUACAGCUAUGCACAGCAACGCAUCACAUCAUGCGACAGUCUUAACUUUAGCUAGGAGCACAUCUGUAGUUGCUUCAGACUACUGUUAUUCAUCUCACUACCAACAAUAUAUUUGCAAGCAUUUUGAAACAAACAUCUGUAUCUGCACCUACUCGUUUUAGAUUGCUUCCACAGGCAAAACUACAUUCAAAAGGUCGAAGAUCUUAAUGGAUUUCAUGAAGAAUAAAAUCGGUUGUGUUUUUUAAUCAAACAAGGUGAAUUAAGUAGCAGCCUCAUCAACAGAGAAAUCAAAACCAUAUUCCCAACACAGAAAGUAAUUUAUCAAGAAUCCAGUUUAAAAGGUUAAUUAAAUAAGAAGACUGCUUCUCUCAACCGUGGACACAUUCAAGAGAACAGGAUACGAUUGAAUAAAAUAUUUCAAGCAAAACUCCUUUGAAGCACAACUAUCACAUUGGACAGUAACAACUUAACAGAUUAUAAAAUGCCACUUUUUAGCUGGAUGAAGUGGUCAAAAAGAGAAUCCCAUAAAUCUACACACUAUCCGGGCUCAGAUGUAGUAACCAAGACUCUGCUUCGGGAACUGACAUGGCACCUAAAAGAACGUGAGAGAUUAAUACAGGAGAUUGAAAAUGAACAAAAAGUGAAAAAAGCUGGUGUGGAUUACAACUGGCCAAAAAACUACCAGAAUCCCCAAGCAACCAUUCCAGCUACUGAACAAAGACAGCUUGAAGUUCUCUGCUCACAAGUUCAACCUUGCCAGACUGGAACUAUUCUCAGCAGAUUUCGAGAAGUUUUAGCAGAAAAUGACGUUUUACCAUGGGAAAUAGUCUAUAUCUUCAAGCAAGUACUAAGAGAUUUUCUAACCAAUGCAGAAAAGCAAAGUCAACAAGAGGAACUGGGAAACACACAGAAUACAAAUUGCUCUGUCUACUUUGGAGUUCUAGGUGAAGGUAAUUCAGAUAAAGAAGAAAUUCCUACUAUUUCAAGUUACAUUGAUAAAAACACCAAAAAUAUGUUCCCUACAUUCUCACAGAGAAUAUGGAAUCUGCCAUAUUACUAUCAAUCAACUUAAGUUACU